UCUCUCCAGUAGUUGCCAGUAGGCUCGUUGCGGCCAUCUUGGAUGUGGGCAAGUUAACUGAAGCUCAAGAAAAAACUACGUCCAGGUACCGUAGAGGAAGAAAGCAGCUGAGGCUGCUAGGUUUGUCCCCCGCUGCUUCCCGUAUCAGGUACUGCUGGUGCUGCUCCUGCUGCGUACAAGUGCUGUGUGCUGGAGUUUGAAGCACAUACUACAACAGCUGCCGUAAUGGACGAAUCGGAAGACUCCAAUGUGGCCGCUGCCAUGGGCUUCUCUGGAUUUGGAAAGAAAGCACGGACGUUUGACUUGGAAGCCAUGUUUGAACAAACCCGUAGAACAGCCGUGGAGCGAAGCAGAAAAACAAUUGAAGCACAAGAGAAAGGAGAGGAGGUGAGUGGACAUAUCCCACCAACCGGAGCUGAAUCCAAGAAUGUAGCAUCUGGCUCCGGUCUGAGAUCAGCUGACUCCAGCUCCAGUGGCUCAGAGGACAGCUCUGACGAUGAGCUGAUCGGCCCUCCUGCACCAGCCAGUGUUUCUCAGGAUCCACAUGAUGAAAUGAUUGGCCCUCCCCUUCCUCCCGGUUACAAAGACAGUGAUGAGGAGGAUGAGGACAAUGAGGACGACGAUGAUGAUAACCUUGUGAAAAGGAUUCCAGACUCGCAUGAGAUCACACUGCAGCAUGGUACAAAAACUGUGUCUGCAUUGGGGUUGGACCCCUCUGGUGCGCGCCUGGUGACCGGGGGCUUUGAUUAUGACGUUCGGUUUUGGGAUUUUGCAGGAAUGGAUGCGUCUCUGCAAGCAUUCAGGUCACAUCAGCCAUGCGAAUGUCACCAGAUAAGGUCCCUGCAGUACAGCAACACUGGGGAUCUCAUCCUAGUGGUAGCCGGGAACUCCCAGGCCAAAGUGCUGGACAGAGACGGCUUUCCAGUCAUGGAGUGCGUUAAAGGGGAUCAGUACAUCGUGGACAUGGCAAACACCAAGGGGCAUACCGCCAUGUUGAAUGGGGGGUGUUGGCACCCAAAGAUAAAGGAAGAGUUUCUGACUUGUUCCAACGAUGGAACUGUCCGGACUUGGGAUGUUUCCAAUGAAAAGAAGCAUAAAAGUAUUUUUAAACCGAGAUCUGCGCAGGGCAAACGCGUGACUCCAACAUGUGCCACCUACAGCAGAGAUGGCAAGCUGAUAGCCGCAGGAUGCCAGGAUGGCACCAUACAGAUCUGGGACCGGAAUAUGAGUGUCCACACGAAAUUCCACUGCAGACAGGCACAUGCUCCUGGUACUGAUACUUCUUGUAUUGUGUUUUCCUAUGGCAGUACUGUCCUUGCUACACGAGGAGGAGAUGAUACUUUAAAGACAUGGGACAUAAGAAACUUUAAGAAGCCAAUGCACAUGGCCACUGGACUGACAAACUAUUUCCCCAUGACAGACUGCUGCUUCAGCCCGGACGACAAACUCCUCAUCACUGGAACCUCUGUUAAGAAAGGGGAAGGUAGCGGGAAACUGUUGUUCUUUGACAUGGUGGAUUUCAAGAAGAUUUAUGAAAUUCCUGUCACUGAUGCCAGCGUUGUUCGAUGUCUGUGGCACCCCAAGUUGAAUCAGAUCAUGGUGGGCACUGGCAAUGGACUUGCCAAAGUAUAUUAUGAUCCAGUUAAAAGCCAGAGGGGAGCAAAGUUAUGUGUGGUGAAGUCAAAAAGGAAAGCCCGCCAAGCGGAGACUCUUACUCAGGAUUACAUUAUUACUCCACAUGCUCUGCCCAUGUUCAGGGAGCCUCGGCAGCGGAGCACAAGAAAACAGCUGGAGAAGGAUCGGCUGGACCCACAAAAAUCUCACAAGCCAGAGCCACCAGUCGCUGGGCCAGGUCGCGGUGGGCGUGUCGGCACUCACGGUGGUACCUUGUCUUCCUUUAUUGUGAAAAACAUCGCCCUGGAUAAGACCGAUGACAGUAAUCCUCGGGAAGCCAUUCUGCGCCAUGCCAAAGAUGCAGAACAGAAUCCGUACUGGGUGGUGCCAGCAUAUUCCGUGACGCAGCCCAAUACCGUCUUCGCUGAGGUGGAUUCUGAGGAAGAUGAACCAGACAAUGAGCCAGAGUGGAAAAAGCGUAAAAUCUGAAGAUGGCCGCGUGAGAAUUCAGCGCCAGUGUCCUGCUCCGAGGGGCUGAUUGAUGUAUAGAGUUCUAUGGCUUCCAUAUAUUGUUAUGCAGUGUCUCAUUUUUAUACAAAUAAAGUAAGAUAGAAAACCCCAGUGUA